AUGUUUCUCUUGACCAGAAAUGCACUAAAUAGGUUCAAGAUUCGAAGCAUUCAACAAAUUAGGUCAAGACAGAGCCACGAAAAUCAUUCAGAAGAUUUCCAUGACAAAUACGGUAACACUGUACUAGCCAGUGGGACCGCUUUCUGUGUUUUUGCAUGGGUGUUUAUAGCCACACAGAUCGGAAUAGAAUGGAACCUAUCUCCUGUCGGCAGAGUCGCUCCAAAAGAGUGGAAUGAUGAGUAA